AUGAGUGGGAAUGAAGAGAACACAACAUCAUGGAUGUAUUUCCACAUACUGGCAUUUUCUAAAUGUGUUGAAUGUCAGCUAGUGCUUUUCAUGGGGGUUGCAAUGAUGUAUCUUUUAUCUACACUUGGAAACAUUGUGAUUGUUAUAGUUGUGUGUCUUAAGUCUCAUCUCCACACUCCAAUGUACUUCUUCCUAUGUAACCUGUCAGUCCAGGACAUUUUGUAUGUGUCGACCAUCUUACCAAAGCUGUUAGUAAUUACACUUACAGGUGACACCAGAAUAUAUUUUCAGUGCUGCAUCACACAAAUGUUUGUGUUUGCAUUCUGCGUUGGUACAGAAUUUUUCCUGCUAACUGCCAUGUCUUAUGAUCGUUAUGUGGCUAUUUGUGUCUCAUUGCACUAUCCAUUAAUAAUGAGUAAGAAAGUAUGUAUAAUGUUGGCUUCUGUCUGUUGGUUUCUUGGUGCCUUGAAUUCAUUGAUGCAUUCUUUGAUCAUGUCUAAUUUAUCAUUUUGCAACAUGAGAGAAAUCAAUCAUGUUUUUUGUGACGUGAAAACAAUGUUGAGAAUGUCUUGUAGUGACACCAACAACAUCCAGAUAUUAAUAAUUGUAGAAGGUAUUCUCUUUGGGUUUCUUCCUUUCUGCUUGAUUAUUACUUCCUACGUGUUCAUUAUAAUUUCCAUCUUAAAGGUCCGUAACUCAGAAGGCAGAGUCAAAGCCCUUUCCAGCUGUUCGUCUCACAUCAUAGUGGUUAUUUUAUUUUUUAUAACCUUCCUAAGUUUGAAUUUAAAACCAGAGUCACAAUCAGUGCUUUCCCAGGAAAAUGAGAAAUUGCUUUCCCUGCUCUACAUUGGUUUGGUUCCAUUGUUAAACCCACUGGUUUAUAGCUUGAGAAAUAAAGAAGUCUUAGUAGCCAUGAAAAAACUAAUUUCAAAAUUAUUUUAA